GCUUUACCAACAUCACAGUGCAGUGACUGACCCAAGGAUGAAGACAUCUUCCAAGGUCCUCUGCGUCUUAGUGCAUCUUCUGGCAUUGACAACUGGAGUGCUUCUCUCUACUUGUGGAGAAUCAAACUUCAAUGAAACCCUAAGAAAAGAAGAAUAUGAUUUUGUAAAUAUUAGCUAUACAAUCAAUGCAACUAGAAGCUCUAAUUCAUUAGGCAUAUUUCACAUCGCGUAUGAGGUUUGUGAAAAGAACCUGAAGAAAUUAAGUUGUAGUCUACGAUGGGAAAGCAGUUUGAAUUCAAUGGAUAGAAAGUAUAUGAGCCGAACGACAGGGGUUAAUUGUUAUGGAGAAGAACGAAACCUGAGCAGCUCUGAGGUGGCUUUAAAUCUUCACAUUUCUCAGGUCGUCACGAGGUCACUGAGUGCGAUGAUACUGUCUUCUAGUGCAGGCAGGACAUCCAGGCCAAGACGGCUGAUACGUGUUGAUGUGUUGUAUCCAUCGAACAUCACAAGUAUGACUGUGGAUGGACAUGAGGUUAAAGAUAACUACGUCAUCUAUGAGGGUCAAAUGGUCGAUAUUUCCUGCGCCUUUGACACAGGGAACCCACCAGUCAUUUUCCAGCUUUUAAAUCAACAUAAUUCCGUGUUAAAAUCAACUGAUAAUCAAGGACAUCUGAACUAUUCACUCACUGCCAGGUGUGAAGAUGAGUGGCCGAUAAUCAGUUGUCAAGGAAGUGGAUCAACUAGGAACAGAUCUUUGACCUUCCUCGUGGAAUGUCCUCCUCAGUUUGUUGACAGCUCUGUGAAGUUCGUCAGUAAGCAAAUCUUUCAAGAAAUAAAAUUUCGUGUGAAGGCUCACACAGUGGCACUAACAGGAUGUGUCUUGACCCCAGUGGCAUUAGGGAACAAUAUCAGAAGGGGAGUAAGUUGUCUCCUAAGUGGUAACCCACCUGAUCUCGUCUUGAGUGUUUACCUUCACAAGGAAACCAACAUCAGCCAAGGAAACUGGUCAUUGAUUCUUCAUAAUGACAAAGGUUAUGCUAACACUACCUUGUGCAUCAUAGAUAGUCCCAGUUCAAGUAAGUACAAUUAUUUACGGUUAGGAAAUAGCCAAAUAAGAAUCUUUACUCCAAAAUGCAUAAUAACUUUGGCAUAGUUACUGAGAAGCAGGAAGCAAGCCUCCAGGAUGAAAAUGUUAACAAUCCAUCCAUGU